CAACAGGACCUUCAACGGAGAAGCCAACGUGAAGUACAGACUCCACGUCAGCGAGCCCUUCCAUCGCCACAUUCCCUUCUUAUGUAUAGUAAGCUUUGUUACUGAUGGUGCCCAAAAUGGCGACUACGUAGAACUCCAGUUCCUCACCUUCAACGUUGGAUCGCUUGAAAAAGGGAGUAGCUCCAGCCCCACGUGCUAUGGAGGCCACCUUCAGGUUAUUGACUAUAAGAGCCCAGAAAGAGACAUCAAUCACCAACAAACACGUGGUCUCAGCCAACUCGUCUCAGCAAUCAAACAGACUAACGGAAUGUUGCCCAACUUGUAUAACCUCACAGAAAGAAGUACACCCCAUUUUGGAUAUUUUUGUGGCCAAAUGGCAGGCCAAAGUGUCAACUACUUCUCAAGCGGAAACAACGUCACGUUGGCCAUUUUCAUGCCAAGUCGGACAUCUUGGCGCUCCCAGUCUUUUAAUGUCUUCCUUACGUAUAAAUUUAUGACAAGGAGGACAAAUUUAGAAGUUCAGAAAGAUGAAAUCAAGGAUUUUGGGAGGUCAAUGCCAAAUUCUUUUUGUAAUGUAGAAUACCAAGACUGCAUCAAUAAAGUAUGUGUUAUUAGAUCUCCUAAUUUUCCUGGCACGUUUUUACCAAAUUUCACGUGUCACUACCUAAUCAAACAGAAAAACAUUCCCAAAGGAUUGCAAGCACAGAUAGUGCUGAGACAGGAUAAUGAAUAUAAAAUUUCUAUCGAUAAUGGACACUCGGGUAUUGGGGCAAUAUCCAGUAGCUUACUUACUUCUGAUUGUUCUCAAGAUAUGGUGCGUAUAUUCGAUGGCUCCACAUCGGCAUCAACUAUACUUACAGAGUUCUGUGGUUCGGGUCCUCUUCCGCCAGUAAUAUCUAGUCAUUCCAGCGUUUUGAUACAGCUAAUCAGCGCCCCCUAUCAACGCCUGCACGAUUCCAGACUGGAGAUUGAAGCUCAAGUUAGACUUGUUACGAAUUCCCUCUGGCGGAUCUCUGGGAAUAGCUGUAAAUUUUUAUUGGAUGGAUCACAUAAGAAUUCAGGAAUUAUUCGAAACCCCCAACACACUGUACCAUCUCAAACCACGUGCACUUACAUUCUGAGAGGGAGAAACCCAUCUGAUCGUGUGUGGUUGUAUCUGAUGUCAUAUAUGGUAGAGGACAAGCAUCCCUGGUCGCUCACAGAACAUUGCGACACUGGUCGUAUGGAGAUCUUGGGUUCAGCUGCUCCAGAUUUUUUUGGAGUCUCUGAAUCUGAUUCUAUUGAGAAUAAUCAUACUUACUGCGAGAAAAGCUCUCCACGACUGUGUGCCCGUGCCACAGAUUCUCCCAAUUUAAUUCCUCUCCGUCCCUGUCGCUUUCCAGAAGAAAGCUACUUUUCCAAGGGACCAGAAUUGGUGCUGCGACUACAUUAUCCGAAGACAUCGGGAAUCCCAGCUGUUCAACCUCUCUUUAUGGCCAGAUAUGAAUUUGUAGACACGCGCCAACCGGGUGUAGCUGUUCCAUCCUCACUUUGUGAUCGGAUUGUAAAGAGCCAGAGUUCAAGUAGUGGUAAAAUAUAUUCCCCGCGGAAUGUCUUAUAUUUUGGAAGGGGUGGUCGUAGCGACAUUUCUUGUCGAUAUAAUCUUCAAGGAAAAGGCUCAAGUAGAGUCAAAAUUGCCUUUCAAACCCUAAAACUCUUUUCAUCAUCGUGUAAAACUGUAGUAGAUAACGUGUCUCAUGAAAGAACUUGUGAAAUCAUCAAAACUCAUAACGGACCUCUUUCUUUCAUAAGAGUCGUUGAAAACUGGCAGGGAGUUGAACUGUCGAUUGGCUGUUUUUGUAACAUGAGUUUGACACCACUAGUCACAACCCAAUUCAACUGACAUCUCUUGGUGACAACGUUUCAGCGAUUUUUACCGUAAAAGGCAUGACUUCUUUACAGGAUUAUCGACAUUAUAAUUUUGAGGCAAACUUUGAAUUCUUCUCUUUUCCAGUCUGUGACACAGUAUUAAAGGAAAAACGAGGUUCUAAAGGAAAACUCACUUUUACUGUUUCCAGCUCAAUGUUACAAAAAUAUGGCCAGUUUCGUUGUAGAUGGGCUUUGACAACUAGUGUGGGGAAACAUUUUUACCUGACGUUUAGAGGAACAAACGGGUCAGCGAAAUGUGGCUCGAGCAACGUGCUGAGGGCCUACUCGGAAGCUAGUAAUAUAGCGGGUUCUACAAUAUGUAAUAAUGAAAAUGCGACAGAACUCAAAGUAUUUUUACCUUCUAGGUAUACCGAAGGCGUAACGUCUCAUUUAUCUGAUCUAGGGGGACAAGAACGAAAUCAUAUCAUUCUCGAAGCUUUGAUUAAAGUACCCCAAACAGUGCGCGUGAAGUGGGACGAGGUGACAAAACCCUUCAUGAAGAGAAACACGGGACAGUCUUUAAGGAAGAUUAACUGCCUCUUCAGGUGCCCGGAGAUAAACGCCUGCAUCAGUCCUGACCUCUGGUGUGAUGGGAAAGAACAUUGUCCGUCAGGUUAUGAUGAGUCGGCAGAACACUGUCAACGAUUUCACUUAGUGUACGUGGCCGCCGGAGGUGGCGUUACGCUCUUUCUCUUAGUGUUGGUUCUUUUGGCGGUAAUUGUCAGGUGCCGGAAACAGGAGCAUCACGAAACCGUUGAUCACUUUGAAAUGGGUGGCCGGUGUCGAGCUCAAGAAGAUCAGUAUUUAAAAUACUAACCUACCAUGAUGUUUCUCUCCCAGUUCUUGGAUUUCCACUAACUGUGAUAAAAGUCGUAUUAAGUUCCGUUUUGAGUUACGAAACAUAACUUUUGUUUCAACGACUGUCUUACAUUAUUGAUAAUCUAUUUCGUGAAAGGUUUGUUGUUUUAUGUUCGUAUACCAGAGCUCAAAGAAGUGUUAAUAUUGUAUUUCACAUUGUUGCAUGAAGAUAAUGAAAAAACAUUGUUGCAUGAAAGAAACGUUAAAUAUGUGAUCUACAUUCUUGCUACUUUUGAAACCAGAUUUGUAUUAUUCUGCGUCACAACUGACUGUAUAUGUCCUCAUAUUUGGGUUUAUUAUGACCCAUGGUUUCUAUUUUAACUGUUUAGUAUUGAAAAUAAAAUAAAACAAAUAUCUGCUAUAACAACUGUUCCAUAAUUUGAGCAAUGCAUUACACUUACAACGCUAAAAUCCGGGGUUCGAUUCCCUGCGGUGGACACAGCAGAGAACCCAAUGUGGCUUUGCUCUAAAAAAACGAACAAAACAAAACAAAGCAAUACGUUUAAGGCAAUAUAUAGAUUUCUUGUAAAUCAUUGUAUCUCCUAGAUGAAAGACAAGACAUGAGGUCGCAGGUAUUUCAUUGUUAAACAUAACAAACUGAUGUAUUUAUUCAUUCAUCCUUGUCCAAUGUAAAUUGUCACGUUAAAUACAAAGCAAAAUUCUUGGUGAUUGUUUACAUCCUUUAUACAGCUUAAGCUACAAGUUCACAAACUUCAUAUGCUAAAGGGAACAUAUUAGAGUUGAGUUUUACAAGAAACACAAGUAUAAACUUUAACGUUGACUAAUGGAACUUGUUGGGGUAAGGUCAUCAGGAGUUCUCGUGACAUUCCUCGUGGUUUUCUUUGUUAAGUGCUGCUACCAUUAACAAUCAGACCGUACGGGCUGGCAGGCGGCUGUCAAAAGAAUGAUUUUACUAAUAAAUUUCUAGUAGCUGUAUGGGUAAAAUUAACAG